UCGAGAAGCUGCCGCAGACUCCCAUGAACAGCGAGCGUCUACACAGCUCCGGAAAGAAUUGAGACAAAACACAAGAAAAGACUUUGCCGAAGCUGUCUGGGGCUCCAGAUAAUGUGAUUGAUGCCGUCAGUCACACAGACCUGACCCGUCUGUCGCUCUCCUCCUGCACUAAAGCAACAAGCUCAACCUUUUAGCAUUUGCAAUCAUGUGCUAAGUGAAUCUGUUUCCAAGGCAACCUGGGCUCCCGAUAAAUUCCCUGGAGGUGUGAGCUGGUGAGCCUAUUGUUUAUUUCCUUUUCAAUUUGAUAGAUAUUUCAGAAAAGAGAAAACAAUUAACAGCCGAGGUUGUCCGGAAUAUUUAAACAACGGCUAAUGACUUUAACCCGAAAAAGACAAACCGACAGGAAAGAUAGAAUUCAUCUAAGGGCUUAUCCUUUGUAUAGGAUGGAAGAAUAAAAUAGAAUACAUUCAUAACAAUUAUGGCUAGAUAUAAAAAAAAACUAUAAAAAAGAAUGAAAAUGACAAAAACACAAAAGAAAUAUAUUUAAAUAAAAUUUAAAAUGUUAAAACUAACUACUAGCCCUAAUAUUUUGUAUUUGAAAUGUGGAAUUGAGGAUAAUUUUGUGAUUCCAAUUACUGUGCAAAGCAUUAAAUAAUGUUUAGACAUACACCGUUUAUUUGGACGUCUUCUGGCCGCUCAAAAUGUCAACCAAGACAUUUUAUGCAAAGUAAUAUUGUUUUUUUGUGAUCCAUGCAUAACGUUUAAAUAAUUAAAAAGUUACAUAUAAAAUAUAAAAAUGAUGAUACUUAGAUUUUAAUCAAAGACUACAGAACACUCGAGACGUGUCACUCGUAUAGUUUUGAAUUUGGGGAAAAUGCAGAGAGUAAAAUGGCCGAUCAAACAUGAGAAGCCCCGCCUUCUAAAUAAAUUAGCCAAUCGCUGAUCUUUGAAGUCAGCGCAUCACCGCAUCUGCCCUUAGAAGUUCCGGUUGCUAUAGAAACAAGCUUCUAGAACUCAUGCCUAAGGAGUGUUUUAUAACGUUAUUUCAGCAAAAAAAAUAAAAAUAUUGCACAGUUGUCGAAUUUCAUUAAUUUCAAAUAGGAAAUUUAAUUGUAAUCUUUGCGCACAGUUUGGGAGAAUUUGACGUUUUCCGUACAAAGAGAUAGGAGCUGCGCUUGGAUGACCGAAGAUUUACAAAAAUGGCCGCCAAGUGGAUUUUAUGCCUGAUCCAGAACAGAAAUCGCAUGGUUGCUAUGGUUACCACAAUGCAAAACGUAUUUGCAAACGUCCAUUUUGAUGCAAUGUAAAAUUUAUAGUUAUGUCGAAACAUUAUUUAGAUCUAUUUAUGAGGUUAAAUAAUAUAAACAAUUAAAUAAAAUAUGCGUUUUAUAAAAAAUAAAAUAAAAUUACAGUAAUUUGCGCCCGAUCUAAAACAGAAAUCGUUCGGUUGCUAUGGUUACCACAUUUAGCAAAAACGAGUUCUUCUCACAUUAUUUUGAUGUGAUGCAACAUGUUUUGUUAUAUCUACAUUUUACUGUGAUCUAUUUGUAAUGUUUACAACUUAAAUCAAAUGCGUAUAAUAAUAGGUUAAUAAAAACAUAAUAUUCUAGGCUUAGCUCCGAUCUAAAACAGAAAUCCCUAAGUAAAGGCUAACUCUGUUUUGCGCACAUUUUCAUGUAAUGCAACAGCUUUCUUAUGUCGAAACGUUUAGACUGUUUCAAAAGCGCUGCCAGAAUUCAUGAAGGAAUAUCCCUAAAUACUUUCACAACAAACAUAAGUUACUUCAGGGGAGGAUGGCACGAGCCUGAGCUCAACCGAGACCGUGGUCAAAGCGUAAAAACUAUCCGGACAACAUUUUCAAAUUGAGAAUCCGCUCACGACCAGCCACUUCGGGUUUGUUGCGCAUGCGCACAGAGAGGCGCGGAGCUGCCCAAGCGCUGAACCCGGCGCGCGUCUGUCAUCACAAGAGCUUCUCCGGCGCCGACGGACGCGUCUCCCUCCGAAACACGGCAGUUCACGAGCGGCGGGACUGCGCCCGUCAUCUCCGAUCGCGCGCGCGAUGAUUUCGGCCGCUCCGGGGGCGCGCGACAGCGGACCCGCGGCGCGUCGGUGUCGUUUCCUUCCCACAGACGAACCAUGAGAUUCUGGGCCGAGGUGGCUCUCUACCUGCGCAAUCCUCCGGCUGCUUUCUGGCUCGGAAGAAGACGCGAGCGGAGCUCGUUCGGGGCGCGUUCGGGAGCCCGUGAGCCAGAGGAAUGACUCGCCCUUCCGUGAAACUCCUCACAACUUUACUCGCGUGCUUGAUGGAGACGCUCAACUUCAGGAUAACGGCAGGAAAAGAGUACGAGAGGAUAUCUGGACGUGAAUCUUCAUCAGCGAUGUCUCCUUCUGAUUUUCUGGACAAACUGAUGGGCAGGACGUCAGGAUACGACGCGCGGAUAAGACCCAACUUUAAAGGUCCUCCGGUGAACGUCACGUGUAACAUAUUCAUCAACAGCUUCGGCUCGGUCACAGAAACCACGAUGGACUACAGGGUGAACAUCUUCCUCCGGCAGAAGUGGAACGACCCGCGGCUGGCCUACAGCGAGUACCCCGACUCGUCUCUGGACCUGGACCCGUCCAUGCUGGACUCCAUCUGGAAACCAGACCUGUUCUUCGCCAACGAGAAGGGAGCCAACUUCCACGACGUCACCACGGACAACAAGCUCCUGAGGAUCUUCAAGGACGGAACCGUUCUGUACAGCAUCAGGCUGACGUUAAUCCUCUCGUGUCCGAUGGAUCUGAAGAACUUCCCGAUGGAUGUUCAGACCUGUAGCAUGCAGCUGGAGAGUUUCGGCUACACCAUGAACGACCUGAUCUUCGAGUGGCUUGAUAAAGGACCGGUGCAGGUCUCUGAGGGGCUGACCUUACCUCAGUUCAUCAUCAGAGACGAGAAGGAGCUGGGCUACUGCACCAAACACUACAACACAGGGAAGUUCACGUGCAUCGAGGUCAGGUUUCUUCUGGAGCGUCAGAUGGGUUAUUACCUGAUUCAGAUGUACAUCCCGAGUCUGCUCAUCGUGAUCCUCUCCUGGGUGUCGUUCUGGAUCCACAUGGAUGCGGCUCCGGCUCGAGUGGCUCUGGGCAUCACCACCGUCCUCACCAUGACGACACAGAGCUCCGGCUCACGGGCCUCGCUGCCCAAGGUGUCGUAUGUGAAGGCCAUAGACGUCUGGAUGGCGGUGUGCUUGCUCUUCGUCUUCGCUGCUCUUCUGGAAUACGCCGGAGUUAACUUUGUCUCCAGACAGCAGAAGGAGUUCCUGCGGCUCAAACGAAGACAGAGACGAAAUCAAAAGGAGGAGGACUUACAGGAUGGCCGUCUUCAGUUCUCUGGCUGUAACACCUCGUCGUGUCUGAAGGACGGGACGGUGGUCAAGACCCCUCCGGUCAGUCCGCCGCCGGCCGCAGCGAAGGACUCCGACGUGAACCGGAAGAAGUUCGUGGACCGAGCGAAGAGGAUCGACACCAUCUCCCGCGCCGCCUUCCCCCUCGCCUUCCUCAUCUUCAACGUCUUCUACUGGAUCACCUACAAGAUCAUCCGGCACGAGAGCCCCUGACCGCCGGCUCCACGGACGCUGUUUUAUACCGACGUUUUUCCGAGCGAGUCGUCCUCUUCUCCCGUUUCUGAUCACUGCAGCUCGGGUUCUCUGCACAAACACAAUGUUGAGGAUUCAGGACGCGGCCGGGUUAUAUCUCACACACAGGUCCAGGGAAAUAUUACAUAGCGUCAAAAUGCGGUAAAUAUAAUGGAAUAAAAUGUUCUGUCAAAUUUUUUAUCAUUUCAAUAGUUUUUAACAAUACUUUGAAAAUAUUACUAAUAUUUUUGGAAAAUAUUAAACACAAACAAUAUAUAUACAGUGCAUAAAGAAUUUGUAAAACAUU